GGCGGGGUCUGUUGCUAGGAUACGGUAAACUCCUGAGUGCCGGUAUGAGAGAACAGUGAGAGAGGAGAAUCCUCUGUUUAUUAAACUACGGUUUAUAGAGAGAGAAACCGAGGACUCAUUAUGGAGAUUGUGUACGUGUAUGUCAAAAAGCGCAGUGAGUUCGGCCGGCAGUGUAACUUCUCGGACAGGCCGGCUGAGCUACACGUGGACAUUCUGCCUGACCCAUCUCUUGCUGCCAAUUUCAUAGACAGAGACCCUUGUGAUGUACCCAUACAGUGCACGCAGGAAAUGUCUGAGCAUGAGGUGAACACAGAGCGUUUUGAGUAUGAGACACGCGGGAUAAACCACAUGGAAGGGGGGUGGCCAAAAGAUGUCAACCCCCAGGAAAUGGAACAGACCAUUCGUUACAGGAAGAAAGUGGAGAAGGAUGAGAACUAUGUGAACACAAUCCUGCAGCUGGGGAGUCACAUGGAGCAUUGCAUCAGGCAGAACAAUGCCAUUGAUAUCUAUCAGGAAUACUUUGAAGAGGAGGAAGGUGUGGAGGAGACAGAGGAGCAGCCGUCAGCCAAAACCAUCAAUGUGUUCAGAGAUCCUAAUGAGGUGAAACGCACUGCUACCAGCCUGUCUUGGCACCCUGAUGGCAGCCAGAAACUUGCUGUGGCCUACUCCUCUCUGGAGUUCCAGAAAGUCAGCAAAGACAUGAGCUAUGAUUCCUAUAUCUGGGACAUUGAAGUGUCCAAUAAACCUGAAAUGACCCUGAAACCUGUGUCUCCACUCGUCUGCCUGGAGUAUAACCCCAAAGACUCACAUAUUCUAGUUGGAGGAAGCUACAACGGACAAAUCGCGUACUGGGACACACGGAAAGGAAGUCAGCCGGUUGAGAUGUCCACCAUUGAGCACAGUCAUAGAGACCCAGUUUAUAAGGUCAUCUGGCUGCAGUCGAAGACAGGCACAGACUUCUUCUCAGCUUCCACUGAUGGUCAGGUGUUGUGGUGGGAUAUUCGUAAAAUGAGUGAACCCACAGAAAGACUGGUUCUGGAUCCCAGCAAGAAGGGUAAACUGGACCAGGCCUUGGGGGCCAUCUCACUAGAGUUUGAAACUACCAUGCCCACAAAGUUUAUGGUUGGGACUGAGCAGGGAAUGGUGGUCUCGUGUAACCGCAAAGCCAAAACUCCAGCUGAGAAGAUCGUGUGCACAUACAGUGGCCAUCAUGGGCCCAUCUAUUCCCUUCAGAGGAACCCUUUCUUUCCCAAGAAUUUCCUGACUGUUGGUGAUUGGACAGCCCGCAUCUGGUCUGAAGACAUUAGAGAAUCAUCCAUCAUGUGGACCAAAUACCAAACGGCUUAUCUGUCUGAUGGAUGCUGGAGUCCUGUUAGACCUUCUGUCUUCUUCACUGUCAAAAUGGACGGCACCUUAGACGUUUGGGACUUCCUGUUCAAGCAGAAUGACCCGACACUCAGUAUUAAAGUCUGUGAUGAAGCUCUAUACAGCAUGCGGGUGCAGGAUAAUGGGCGUUUUCUGGGAUGCGGCUCAGAGCUGGGCACCACCACGCUGCUGGAGAUAUCCUCAGGCCUUUGCACACUGCAGAGAAACGAAAAAGCUCUGGCUACUGCGAUGUUUGAGCGAGAGACGAAGCGGGAGAAGAUUUUGGAGGCUCGUCACAGAGAGAUGCGUCUGAAGGAGCGCAGUCGCUCGGAGCAGAGCAAGGAGGACGAGACUAAAGAGACAGAGGGAGAAGAGAGUGCUGAGGAGCUGGUGGCCCGUGCUGAGAGAGAGUUCUACGAGAUGGUGGAGGCUGAGAUGAAGAAAAGGGAGAAGGAUGAGAAAAUAGAGAUAGACCAGGAGAAAGGUGUGUGUGAGGAGAAGGAAAUAUAAGAAGAAGAAGAAGCAGCAGCACAGUCCAAGCUUGUGUGAAUGAAGAGAAGAAACAAAGAAACAUUUGAUCCAUCUGUUUAUCUCCCACUGGAAAAAACAAACAAAUUCAAUACCCUUAACUGCAGAGCUCACACAGUGAUUUAUUCAACAGCCACAGCAGGUGUAGAUAAAAUGAAUCAAUGAAUUUUGAAUUAAUUUUGCACUUUAUCUGGUUUCUUUUUAGGUGCAUGUUGUUUGCCACAGUUCUAGAGGUUUGGGUUUUACUCUGGGUUUAAUUCUUAAAGAUAACUGAUUUCAACCCUGUAGCACUCAUGUGUGCAGUAUAUGUAUUCUUAAUUAUCCAUCCUUGUAUAUCUCAGUACUUUUUAAACAAUUUGACACUGUUGUUCCUAGAUAAAUAACAAUAAAAUCAAUUAAUUAAAA